UCCGCUUGACGUCAACAAACAUGGAGGAGUAUGCCCGUGAGCCUUGCCCCUGGAGGAUAGUGGAUGACUGUGGAGGGGCUUUCACCAUGGGUGCAAUCGGUGGAGGCGUUUUCCAAGCAGUGAAGGGCUUUCGAAACGCUCCGGCUGUAAGUUUAAAAAAACAACUAAAUAUCGUGGUAGUUUUCUCUGUGACUCCUCAUUCUACAGUGAUCGUUGUAAUAUUUCAGGGUGUUGGACAUAGGCUCAGAGGAAGUGUAAAUGCAGUGAGAGUCAGAGCUCCUCAGAUUGGAGGUAGCUUUGCUGUCUGGGGAGGCCUUUUCUCCACAAUCGACUGUGGUUUAGUUCGCCUGAGAGGAAAGGAGGAUCCGUGGAACUCCAUCACAAGUGGCGCCCUGACCGGCGCCAUCCUGGCAGCACGCAGUGGUCCGCUAACGAUGAUGGGCUCUGCAAUGAUGGGGGGAAUCCUGCUGGCGCUCAUUGAGGGCUUUGGUAUUCUCCUGACUAGAUACACAGCACAGCAGUUUCAAAACCCUUUGCCGUUUACGGAAGACCCCAGUCAGCUCCCUCCGAAGGACGGAGAGCAGCAGCAGCAGAAAACUAAGGGAUUGUUUCACUAGAGACCUUCUGCGGACACAGUGAGUCCCACCGCAGCGUAUCGGAGCGACAGCACUGCUAAGAGGACUUUGAAAAGUAGAUGCACUUUGAUGAAACACCUCAGGGUCAAAUGUUGUGAUUUAGUGUUUAAGAAUGAAUUUUGACAUGUAAGAAUCCUUCAGAUAAACAUUUUGUUGUCUUCUUGAGAACGUUUUGUUUGUUUUGUGUCAUUCCUGUAGUCUCUUCUCCGUAUGGAUUUAUUUAUGUGACAUGUUUAUGCUACAAAUAUUGCCUCUUUCUUGAAUUACUGAGCGUUCUCCAGCUGAUUUUAGUACUAUCCAGUUUUUAGUACAUUUACAGAGCUGACCUAUGAAUAAAAAACAUUUUACAGAUUAUCUGGAAAAAUAAAGUAGCAGCCUUUUUUUUCCAUUCAAGCAAAUACUGUGAAAGAUGCACAUUUUACAUUUACAGCUUUCUGGCAUUUCACCAGGAAGCUUGUUCAGUAAUAUUCAAACAAACUUUACAGGAAAUUGUUUUGGAAAAUGCCAGAACAUUCUGCUGAGCGUUUUAUUUCCGCAGCUCAUGUUUCCAAAGGUCUGUGCUAAAUCUGGAGCGAGCAGACAGUGAGCUGCUCACACUUUAAACCGGAUCCGUUAACAUUUACAUUAACGAGCUGAUGUUAAUAGAGAAAAGUAUUAAUACCUUUUUUCUACAUUUUGUUAUGUUACAAACUUUAAUGCGUGACUAUUCUUUUUGAAAAGUAGCUCAAGUUCAGAGAGACUAAAACGAUCAAACCAACACGUCUUUACAACGGCAUUAGGGCCACGAUAAGACAAUAUAAAAACUAAAAUCACGAGAAUAAAGUGAUAUUACAAGAACAAUGUCGGUAUUACGCAAAUAAAGUCUCAUAGUAUUAUUUUAUUAUUUUACUUUAUUCUCAUAUUAUUUUUACUUUAUCCUCAUAAUAUUUUUUAAUUAUUCUCAGAAU